GCUUCUGUAAUAGCUUGCGCGGUCAGUCAAUGUAACCGCUAUGCUGAUGAUCCUUGCGCGCCCUGAACACAAAAAUUGCAUAUAAAUACAGACAUUUGAAUAAAGCUCUCCAUGUUCCGUGCUCUACGAAAGCCUUCUCUGGCCUCAGUCACUUCCAACGAAACACAUCCAUCGUUCGCAUCUCUAUGCUAUCGCUGAAAUUCAAGGUCUCCUUCUAUCUCCAUCUGUCUGACAUUCCAUCGAACUCGCAGAGAUCUGAGUUGAUGCUUUCGUUUCAACUUUAGACAAAUGCUCUCUGGAACACUUCCUCAAGCUAUUUGGUGUAGACUAGUCGCUGGAGUUUGUGGUUCCCCGUCGGAAGAAUUACCUAGUGCUAUUUUGCACCUUUUGUGUGUUUAAUCCUUAAUUCCAGGAGUCCAGUAUAAGCGGAUGGCAGAAUCAAAGAAAGGAGCAUCUUCAGCUACUGAUCUUACAAAAAAAGAUUCCCUCCUGGGUAUUGGAACCUCUACUCUCCUUGACACAGAUGUGGACAUUGGUGACGAAUUUAUGAACUCCUGGAAAUCAAUAUCAGUGGCAGAGGAUGACAUGGUGGACUUUAGUUUUAGUACAGCCUCCAAAGGCAAGAUUAAGGCCUUUGAUUUUGGAACUUUGGAUGAUGAUUUCAAUCUGGAUGGAAGUUUUAAAAAGUUAUCAUCGUUCAAGAUUGACAUGCCAGAUCUUGACUUUUCAUCCCCGCCCAAAAAGAUUGAAAAGGCUAGGAGUAGUGGUAAAGAAGGAUCAUCCAAUGAAAAUGUUCAAAAGGAUAUAGACAGCUUAAAUUUCUCUUUUGAUUUUAAAGAAUUGGAUAGCUUUGAUGUUGAUAAAAGCUUACAAAAUGGAGAAAGGACUCGUAAACAACAGCCAGAUUCCAAGGCAGUCUCAUCUUCUAGAGUUGAGCAUGAAGCUUCUGAUAUCCACAUAGCUGAAGGAAAUACUGCAAUUGAUAAGAGUAUAGCCAAGAGACUUCCAGCACCAGAAAACGAGACUACUUCUAGAGUUGAGAAUUUUCAGGGAGAUCAUGGUGAGCUGGAGUCAGAAAUUGGGGAUGGUACAUCACAUGAAGCAAGAAAUACAACGGCAACUACAAAUAAAGAGAGACAAUUUGGAAAUGGUUGCUUGUCUAAAAAAGAAGUGGCAAAGAGUAGUCAUCAAGUCAUUCAUGAUGUACCUAUCAGCUGUGUUGCCAGAAAUGUACCUGAAUGUACUUCAGAACCACAGUCUGAAAUUUGUACGGAAAGAGAACUAAUAGUAGUUUCAGGUGGAACAGGAAAUGUCAUUGAUGAAAACAUAGAUUCUGAUGUAACUUGCUCUGAAAAAUUUCCUCAAAGCUAUUUGUCUCCAAUAAAUAUCCCUGCAUCGAAGAGCGAUCCUACAGAAAAAGAAAAGUCAGAAUGCAGCCACCUGAAUGAAUUUGUUGACAAUGUUCAACCGGCUGAAGUUCAUCCAGACCUCAAAGAUUUUUCCAAUUCAGAUGUACCGAGGAAGCUUCUGCUUGACACGCAGGAAAUCAGACAAAACCAAAAUUUGAAAUUGAAAUUGUUUACAGUUCCUUUAUGCAGAGGACCACGGGUAAAUGAAGUGACAAUUAAAGAAAAAGAAAUGGGUGGGAAUUCAUCGAUGUCAAGAAUAGAUGUUAGCAAACCUCAACUACAUCAAUCAUCAUCUAUCAGUACAAAACUUCUCUCUUUAGGCAAGAAUAGAAUUGAUGCUUCAAAUCAAAUUCUGGCAGCUGGAGACGGGAAUCUUUGCAGAGAAUCUCGACCACAUAAUAAAGUAGCAAAGACGGCACUGCCAGUUGCAGUACAAAGUGAGAAAAGCUUAGGAAAGCUUAGUGCUUUAAGUGCCGGAGUUAAUCCUAGCAAUUUGCUUGUCAGAACUACUACUCAAACACAUUGCAGUACUGAACGACUGAAAUUAUCAAUGAUACCUAGUCAAAACGUGAAGACCAUUUCAGCUCAAGGGAAUAAAGUUUGUUCUAUUAAAACUGGCUUAAUAUUUCCCAAUGUUUCCAGUUUGAAGACUUCUAGGGCAUUUGGAGGAAAGCAAGUUCUAUCGAGUACUGGAGGUGUGAAAGAAAGGAAAUUAGGAGAACCAGAACAAACUAUGGAAGCAGGACAACGAAGUAAAAAGUUAGACAUUGGCUAUUGUGCUGAAAAUGUGGACAAACAAAAACCUUUAAUCUCCAACGUGAAGCGUAAAGCACUAGAGGAACCAAAUGCGGAUUCAAUGUUGUUAAAACCUCUGAAGCUCCUUUGUGUAUCACCUAGUGGAUUUAGAAACUCCAAAGAGCCGUUGGAGAAAAAGAUAGGAGAACAGGUUGAAAGUAUGACCACCGCUUCCCAUGACCAGUUAGCCAACAGUAUCGAAAAUCCUCAUGUGCCAAAUACGGUGGAAUGGGAAAUAUCUUUGGUUUUGGAAAAUGAUCGAAAUGUUGAAAAAGCAGAAGCCUAUUCACAGCAGCUUGAAGAUAUGUGUAAUAUGCUGAGAAAGAAGCAAGAUGAGGCCAAGGAAAUAUUAGUCCGAGCUUUUGUUAACAACAAUAAUCUACUGAUGCUCAAUCAUCCCAUCUAUGAGGAGAAGAUUAUGAAGGUUCAGAAAUUUGCUGCCAAACUGUUGUCCAAGAAGCUUCAGACAAAAGCAGCUUGAGUCUUAAUUCCACUUACAGUGCAGUUCUAGAGUGAUUCCAACAAAGGAAAAGGAGAGUCUUCGAGCAGAAAAUAGACGGUGGACAUGCGGACGGUUUGAGCACAUGAGCUCUAGAUCAGAUGCUGAUAGUGUCUUUCUCGUCAAAGGAGACAAUGACUUCUUUUGAAGAAGACAGAAUUCAUCCUUGUGGUAUAUCUGCUUUACCAUGAUAGAGCAUGUGAUGUUAGUGGUUCCACAUGUUUGCACACUGGUAUUGACUUGGCAGUUAUGCAAGGUGUGUGGUGGAAGUUGUGUUGAUGGCUGAAGGACUUCGAGGUGAGUCAUGUAGGUGGAAGUUGCACCAUAAAUUAUCAGCAAGGUUUAUCGACAUGUGAAGAAAAAGGAAAAUCUUCUACACUUUAUGGUGGAGUGAGUUAUAGUUCUCUGAGUUGAGAAUUAUGAUUGUCGGUGAAGACAAUGGAUGUUGCAGAAGUUGUGGAUUCUUCAAAUAUCUUAAGGUGGAAUUUGUUAGGUUUUGGCAAAAUAUUAGAAGUGCAGUUUAUCCUACAUCGGUUAAAUUGAAGAUUGGGGAUUCGGUUAAAUUGAAGAAUGGAGAUGGGCUCCAAGCCUAUAAAAGGAGCUUAUGCCUCUAGUUUCAAGUUGUCCUAGUUACAAACACUUCUUGGGUGUGCUAAUUCUAAUUAAAUUCCUUUAUGUAUUCUCUAGUUUGAGAGUAGGAAAAGAAUGUGAGUAGUCAAAAGCUUUGAGAGAGUGCUCUUGUAAUUGAGAUCAAAGAAAGAAUUGUUCUGUGUGAUUAUAACAAUUUUUCACGAUUUCUUUUUUGUGGA